AUGAAAUAAGUAAUAUAUGAAAUAGAGGAAAUAAAAAUAGUUGCGGACCAAUAAUUAGAAAUACUUAAAUCGCAGCACCAAAUAGCAUAUUUGUUAAGUGAACUAGAUGGAAUAUUGGAAUCAUUAAAGUAAGAGAAUGAGUAUCUGAAGUAAUAGAUAAAGAGAUUUUAAGAGAAACAAGAAAAUGAAAUUACAAAGUAUCAGGUAAGACAAGGUUUGAUUUCAGGAAGAUUUGAAGAAGUGGAGAGAUAAAAUGAACUUUUUAAAGAGAUUGGAUCUAUACUUAAGGUGUGA